AUGGGAUUAUUCGGCGGAUCAACUAAAGAAGCUAUUGCUCCAAACAGAAACAAAAGAGAACAGUGUUGGGACAGCAGAGAUAUCUUUUUCGAGUGUCUAGAUAAGAACAACGUUGUGGAUGCUUUAGAUGACAAGAAUCAAGCUACUAUCAAGAAGAGCUGUUCAGGUCAGGAGAAACAGUACGAGGAUAACUGUGCAAAGAGUUGGGUGAAAUAUUUCAAAGAGAAGAGAAUUGUGGAUCAUAAAAAGGCAAAAUUCAUGAAAGAGAUGGAGGAAAGAGGUGGUCAGGAAUUACCAUUCCCAAUAUCGAAGUCAUAG